UUUUCUGUGAUCAAAAUCAAGAGUCGUCUGAGUUGUCUUCUGCUAGUGGUCAACUACUGUUAUUGCAUCCAUCAAAAAUGGGUUCCCGAGCCCUUUUAAUUCGUAAUGUCAAUCGUUUUAUCAACAAUGCUCAACCAUGCCAACACAUCUCGAGCUCUUCUGUGCUGACCAAGGAUAUGGCUGAUGUGGAGAAAGCAUUGCAGAUACACGAGCCUGACAGAAAAACAACCAAAACUUUCUUUGCUCACAAAGCAGAAUUCCAACGCAAAGAAGCUAUGAAAGGCCUUAUUACAAUUCAAAGCGAAGAGAAUAAUGUUGGCAUUGCGUCUGGGACACCUGAGGAACACAUCAAAACCAGGACAGUUCGCAUUUACAAACCAGCUAAGAAUGCGAUGCAGUCUGGCACUGAUAAUAUCAAUUUCUGGCAAAUUAGUUUUGAUACCAGAGAACGUUGGGAGAAUCCUUUGAUGGGAUGGUGCUCAUCAGGUGAUCCAUUGCAAGCCUUGCGAGUUAAUUUUGAAACUCUUGAAGAAGCACAAGAGCACUGUAAAAAAAUGGGUUGGAAAUAUUUGGUACAGUCGCAUCAUGAUAAGGACCCAAUGCCUCGAAACUAUGGAACAAACUUCUCCUGGGAUAAAAGAACUAGAGUUUCUACAAAAUAAAAUCUACAAGUUUGUUUGUUGAAAGAAAACAUGUUUUGGAUAUUUGAAAUUUGAGUGUUUCUAGUAUGGCAAGGACUCAUUCACUUGAAUUUAGUAUCAAUUAAGAUUCAUGGAAUAAAAAAAUUCUUAGCUAUGUUGAAACUAUAAUGUAAUAUAAAUGUAUGAAGAGAUCAAUGGAGGUGAUUACGAAUAAAAGUUAAUCUCGUUAUUGAUAAA